AUCCAACACAAGCCUCAAUCAAGCAACCUCUCUCUUCAUUAGACAUGAGAUCUCUUGUAGUGAAAUCAUGUUGCGUUUUCCUCUUAACCCUAUUUGUGUCCCACUCAGUCUCCGCUAGCAGAAAGUUAUUUAAUCCGACAAAACCAUGCAAACGAUUCGUCCUCUACUACCAUGACAUCCUCUUCGGUGGCAACGACGUUGCUAACGCGACAUCCGCAACUACUGCCAAUGCGACCGGGCUAGGGAACACCAACUUCGGGAUGCUGGUGGUAUUCGAUGAUCCGAUAACGAAAGACCAGCACCUACUUUCCCCUCCCGUUGCAAGAGCACAGGGUUUCUACUUCUACGACAUGAAAACUACCUACAAUGCAUGGUUUGCUUACACUUUGAUCUUUAACUCGAGUGAUUACAAGGGGACUCUGAACAUUAUGGGUGCGGACAUGAUGAUGGAGAAGACGAGAGAUCUGUCGGUUGUCGGGGGAACCGGUGAUUUCUUCAUGGCCAGAGGCAUUGCAACGUUUCGGACUAUGGCUCAGGAAGGCACCAAAUAUUUUCGUCUUAAGAUGGAUAUUAAGUUGUAUGAAUGCUACUAAGCAGUUUAGCCCUGGAGGUUUCUAGUUUGACGAAAUAGGAUGUAAUUUGUGCAAGCUUUAUAUGCAUACGCAUGUGUGUUUGUUAUGAGUUUCCAGUCCUAAUUUAUCUUAAGGUUGUAAAGAACAUAUAUGUUACCAUC